AUGUCAAAGCAAAAAGAAUACUCAGUUUCACUUAUUUCUGCAGGAGAACUUAUAGACAACUUGCAUUAUGGACCAUAUGCUAGAGAAUGGCGAGAAUUUGAAUAUAAAAAAGUUUUUAGUAUUGGUGUAUCAAAAAAUCCUGAUUGGAAUUAUGCGGGUGAAGGAAUUUAUAAAGAAUUUCAAGAAAUAUGCGUAACAAAAUUUAAAGGAAACACCCUCUUUGGACUUGAACAUAAUGAAAUAAAAUUAGUAAUUGAUCGAGAAAUAAUUCCUUAUUGUACGACCGAUGACUGGAAAAAUGAAGAAAUUACUAUGAAUAAAAUUUUCAAUUACCAUUUUAAAAAACGUGUUUUAACGGCAUCUAUUAAUUGGAAAAAUCUUUUUAUUAAAUGGCAAAUCAAAAAAAGUAGUAUUAUUGAAUUAACACAAAAACUAAAAGAAAUAUAUCCAGUUGGUUAUAUUAUCAAAGAUCGUGAAUUUCGGGCGUGGAAAGCUUAA